GUAGUAUGUAAAUUUUUAGCUCCCUCUUCACUUCCAUUUCAUCAUUUCAUCUUGAUAUGAAGCUGACCGGUAAAAGAUUGUGUAUAAUGUAACAAUCCCUGUUAUAAUUAUAGUAUUCGCACCAAUCAUGGACUUUUUAUAAACUAAGAUCCUCAAGAAGCUUGGUUUCUCCGGCUUGGCCUUCCGGCUAUUCGAUUAGAAAUAACCCGGAUCCCGAGAACACGAAAUCCAAAUCGGGGCUUGUAACGGGUGAUAAACCCCGGUUCUCACAUGACUAUCUCCUUUCAUUUCUCGGCGCCGUAGCUACCGCGGUCUAGUCCCUCAUAGAAUAUGGGGUUCCGGAUCCUUCGCUCAGAGCAUGCUCUUGCUCUAUAAAUAUGAGCCUGGUAACUGCAGGAUCACCCGUUCCUGUUAGCUACGCACACAUACAUCAUGAUGUCACUCGUACGGACGGUGUACAAUGCCUGCGGGCUCCUUUCAGUAGGGCUCGUGCUACUAGGAAGCCUUCAAGGCGCCGAAGCAGGUGUUGUCAGGAAACUUCCUGAUGGGUAUCAUAAAGCGCAAGCGGGUCGCGAACGCAUCAGCAUCAAUGCGGACUGGCGCUUUUCUCGCUUCGAAUCGAACCCCGACUCCUUAUCGUACAACGUACUGAAGAAAUGGAUUCUCCCCACCGGUAACGAUUUCAUCGUCAAUGGUGUCAAAUAUGAUCGUCCGAGCGGAGAUGCCCCGGGUAGCAAUGUCUCAUACGUGCAAGCGUCAUUCGACGACAGCGACUGGGAGUCCGUUAAUGUUCCGCACGAUUGGGCCAUCAAAGGACCAUUCCAUGCGCCUAACAUCCCUAACAGCAUGGGCGCCCUACCCAUCAAUGGCGUAGGAUGGUACCGCCGCAACUUGAUUAUUGAACCGAGCGACAACGGCAAAUCUAUAUUCUUAGAUAUUGAUGGAGCUAUGUCCAACUCUGCUAUUUGGAUUAAUGGUCAACUUGUCGGUGGAUGGCCAUACGGCUACAAUUCCUUCCGUCUAGAUCUUACGCCGUACGUAAAGACGGGAGAGAACCUACUUGCAAUUCGAAUCGACAACCCGCUAAACUUCUCACGUUGGUAUCCCGGCGCUGGCUUGUACCGAAAUGUUUGGUUGGUCAAGGUCGACCCAACUCAUUUCAGUCAGUAUGGAACAUACAUAACGACACCGGCGGUAUCUGCCGAAUCGGCCGAUGUGGAUUUGACUGUCGAGAUUGAGAACUUGAGAAAUUCUAGUCGCCAGGUGGAGGUAACGACCGAUGUGUAUGUAUUCGAUGCCAAGACUGGACGAGCUGCGGCAAAUGCGAUUGCCACUUUUCCGCAAGCAACUGCAAGUGUGGCGGCAGCCAGCAAACAGACAGUCAACGCUUCGGUAACGAUCGCGAAUCCUAAACUCUGGGGACCUAAACCAGACCAAGAACCCAAUCUGUACAUCGCUGUUACUACACUUCGUGCAGAUGGCGCUAUCAUCGAUACUUACGAAACACGUUUUGGUGUUCGUUCCAUCACGUACGAUGGCAACACGGGAAUUUCUGUCAACGGAAAGCGGGUUUACAUCCAGGGUACUAAUAACCACCACGACCAGGGAUCUAUCGGAGCUGCCUUUCACCUUAGAGCAGCCGAGAGACAGUUGGAGAUGCUACAAGAGAUGGGUUGCAACGCGCUUCGGAUGUCCCAUAAUCCACCCGCCGCCGAACUUCUCGAUCUGGCGGAUGAAUUCGGAUUUUUGGUUCUAGAUGAGAUAUUCGACGUUUGGAAGCAACAGAAGAUCUCUGACGACUACCACGUUUAUUUCAACGAGUGGCAUGAGCAGGAUCUCCGUAAUUUUAUCCGAAGGGAUCGUAACCAUCCUUCCAUCAUGGCGUUCAGCAUCGGAAACGAGAUCGUUGAGCAGUCAUCAUCUUCUGGCGGUGCAACUGCUCGAGAACUCGUCAAGAUCGUGAAGGAAGAGGAUCCGAUAAGACACGUCGGCGCUGGUAUCAACAAUGCUCAAGCGGGAAGCGAAUUUGCCACUGCUCUCGACAUACCUGGCUUGAACUACCAAGGCGAGGGCCGCGGUACAUCGUUCAGCUCGGCGUACCCACCCUACCACGCAGCAUAUCCAGAUAAGGUACUAUGGAGCACUGAGAGCUCCUCGGGAGUUAGUUCUCGAGGUACCUACCUUUUCCCCGUGACCAGCGCCAAUAGCAGCACUGUCCAGAACGGGAACGGCCAAGAUCCCAAUACUUUGUUCGUGAGCGCCUAUGAACUUUAUGCCGUCUCUUGGGGCUCGUCACCCGACAAGGUGUUCGGGAUGCAGGAUAAGUUCUCCUAUGCCGCUGGUGAAUUUGUCUGGACUGGUUGGGACUAUCUCGGCGAGCCUACUCCGUUCGACACUAAGGCUCGUAGCUCCUAUUUUGGUAUUAUCGAUCUCGCUGGAUUUAAGAAGGACCGCUUCUUCUUAUACCAGGCUCGUUGGCGCCCCGAUUUUCCCAUGGCACACAUCCUCCCGCACUGGACCUGGCCUGACCGUGUCGGCGAAGUCACUCCGGUCCACGUAUUCUCAUCCGCGGAUGAAGCCGAACUAUUCGUCAACGGAAAGUCAGCCGGUAAGCUACAAAGACAACCGUCUAACUACCGUUUCCGGUGGGAUAAGGUGACCUACUCGCCAGGCGAGCUUCACGUCGUCACAUACAAGAACGGCAGUCAGUGGGCGGAAGAGACCGUAAAAACGGCCGGCGACGCCGCAAAGCUGACCCUAUCGGCGGACCGUACCACCAUCCAGGGCGACGACCUAUCGUUCGUCACCGUCACCGUCGUCGACGAAGCCGGCACCACGGCCCCCGAGGCGACCAACGCAAUUACCUUCUCUAUCACCGGCCCCGCCGAGAUCGUGUCGACCGAUAACGGCAACCCGGCCGAUUUCACCGCGUUCCCGAGCUUGACGCGAAAAGCAUUUGCCGGCCUCGCCCUUGCUGUCGUCCGCUCGAAGCCGGGCGCUCCAGGGGAGAUCACUGUUCGUGCUCAGGCAGAUGGACUUGAGGGCGCGGAGAUAGUCCUCAGGGCGCAGUAGAAAUCUAAUUAGUUAUAUGAUGCUAUAUAAUUAAGGUAUCUUGUCAUAAGCCUGGCAAAUAAAAGUGAAUAAUUAUGAUAUUA